AUAAGAUCAUAAUUCUGGACGAACUUAUAUUUAGCCAAUCCGAUUAAAAAUGGCCUGAAUAAAUAGUUUGGUAGCCGAGUUAGGUAGCCAAUUCUGUGAAUUAUCCCAAAUUCCCUGUAAAAUAGAAAAAAGAAAGAAAAAAAGGAUGAUGGCAUAAGCCUUCCCCAAAAUAAAACACAAAUCCCCUGCACAGAGAAAUUAGGUAAUAGAAUAGAAGCUCUCCUAUGCAUGUAGACUGUAGAGAGCACAGAGAUCUCUCUCUUAGCACAAGAAAAUACAGAAACACCGUCACCAUGGAUUACUCUUACACACAGACCCACCAAGAAGACCAACAACAACACCACCACCAGCAAUCAUUCGAUCCGUCAAGAAUCCAAUCCUACGACCAAUCCUACCAGGCCUAUUAUCCCUACAAUCACCCCCAACAAUCCGACCACCAACAACAAUACCAACAAUACUACAAUCCCACCACCACCACCCAGGAUUACGCCACCUCCCACGACGCCACCGCCCACCACCACCAAUACCAUCAAGAACCCAUUUCGAUUCAUCCUCCCGGGGUCCCAAUUCCGCCCCAACAGCCACAAACGGCGGAUCCUGACCCGACCCAUUUGCAGAAUGCGUAUUACCCACAUGGGGUUGCGGAGGAUCAGAAGCAGCAGGUGGAUUCGAGCUCGGGCUAUGGUGGGUUGAAUCCAGCGGCCGUGGCAGCGCUUUCGCAGCUCUCGCAGCUUACUGGGAACAUCGAGGCGGCGCAGCGGGCUGCUGAACCGCCGAUUGGGCAAACUAUAUAUAGAGGUGGAGGUAGGAGGGGCAAUAGGCCCUUCCGGGGAGGUGGUCGGGGCCAUUUUGGUUACCAUGGUUCUAGACCAGAUGGCUCAGCACCCCCAUUCCGUGGUAGGGGACGUGGCCAGGGUGGUGGUAGGCACUUUCAACAGUAUGGUGCUGCAUCAACCAAUCCAAAUUCAAUACCUGUACCUGCUGAAGGUGUAGCUGCUUUAACGCAGCCGCCUUCAGCAUUGGUUCCUGGGCAGGCACCAUUACCUGUACCAACACAAGUGUCUUCUGCUUCAUUCUGGCGACCUCCUCGUAUGGUUUGGUGUGAACUUUGUAGGGUUGACUGCAACACUCCUGAAAUCCUUGAGCAGCAUAAAAAUGGAAAGCGACACAAAAAAAAUAUGCUGGUACAUGAGGAGUUGCAGAAACGCAACAAAGUCAAUACUGGACAACAGAAUGCUCAAAUGCCUAACACUGAAUUAAAAACAGAAGUCCCUGUGAGAGUUGAGGGAUUUGAGGAAAAACAACCCUUACAAGAAAAUAUAACAUCUGGAGUAGUUACUGAUGAUAGUAGAAAUGAAACAGAUCAGAAGGAUACCGGCGCAAAUGCUGAAGCUUCUGCAGAACCUGGGAACAACUCCAGCGAUCAGUUUGCAGGCCGAGGACGAGGUUCUAAGCGUAGGAUGCGAGGGGGUCGAGGGGGUAAGUAUGUGAGGACUAAUGACGGAUCCAGAAGACCAGUUGAGCCUCCCAAACCAAAACAAGUUCCGUUUAUAUGUGAAUUGUGCAAUGUCAAGUGUGAGUCACAGGUGGUUUAUGAUAGUCAUGUGAAUGGUAAAAAGCAUCUAGCUACCCUCAAGCGGUUUCAUGGCCACCGUGCUUUGUAUGGAGAUGCGGGGCUUCAGGCAGUUAACCCACCCAAUGUAAAUGCUGCAUCAACUUCAGCUGCCCCCCCGGUCCAUCAAGUUGUCAAUGAUCCUCAGGCCCUCCUGGCACAACUGUUGAUGAAUUAUGUGCUCUCUCAAACCCAAGCACAAGGGAUAGCACCACCUCCAGGAGCAGCAUCAGCUGCGGCACCAGCUCAAGGAACAAGCACGGGGACCCAGAAUCAACUGGAUUCACUGAUUCAUGGAGCACAAGCGAUGUGUCAAGAUGGAAGCCAAAACGUGGUUAUAGAGCAAAUCAAGAGUCUGCUGCAAUCUGUCCAGGCAUACUCUGCAACCCCAGCGGCCGGGAAUGCAGUCGUGAACACUGGGAAUGAAACUUCUGAGUUUGAAGCAAAGGAGGCAAGUGGUCUUAUAAACACUACAGCUGCGGCGCCAACAAAUCCAGGCACAAGCGAGCAAGUUUCUGGAACACCAUCGAGCAAGGAAUGCGAAGUUGCUGCCUCCUCAGAUUCAUUUGUUCAGCCACAACCCGAAGGCCAAAUGUAG